AUGCCCAACAUGAUUGAUGCGGUUGACAUUGAAGCAAAGUGGUCUGACUUUACACUUCGUUGGGGAUCGGUCAAAUCGGCCGUCAUGUCUGCACUCUCCAAGAUUUUUUCCAAGGAGAGCGAAUGGAAUCUCACGCCCGAGCAGAGGCACAUGUAUGCCACCGAAUCGUUCAUGAACUUCCGGCUCAUCGCCAGGCUCUGCGCGACGCCCUCGCCGUAUACGCUCGGCCUCAGUGACCUCGCACAAGGAGAGGAUGAGCUUUACGCGAACCUGGCUGAGAUCGGCCAGUUCGUGUUCGUCUCGUUCAGCACACCUCCGCCCGACUUCAUCUUCGCCAAUCUGGACCAGCUCAUGCAGCCCGAUUUCCCGUUCGAAGGCUUUGACGCGCUGCGGGACGCCGAGCUCGUGUCCGAACUCUCUGGUAGCGUGGCAAAUACGACCGGUGCGGUUGUAUAUCGCAAGAGCACGAAGCAGCUCGUGGUUUCGUUUGGGGGAACAACAAACCGGUAUGACCUGUACGCGGUCAGGUGUGCGUAUCCAAGAAGACGAACGUGUGGGGUGCACUGCGGCUUCUGGAAGAUGUACGAGGGCUGUCAGAAACACGUCUUCGACGUUGUCAAGAAGGCGCUGGAGAAUUACGACGUGCAGGAGGUCGUGAGCCUGGGACACAGUUUGGGGGGUGCACUAGCCUAUCUGUUUGCCCUAGAUGCUCUCUCGGGAGAGUUCCCACUGCCAUCUGGGGUAGGCAUGAUGGUGGCUACGUUUGGGUGUCCCAGAGUCGGAGACGCCGCGCUAUCGGAGUACUGGCAGGACCUUGUCCGGACGCACCAGGCCGAAAACGGAGUAGAUUCGGUGAAGGAAUUUCAAGUGAAGACUCUGAACGACGGCGUUCCCUCCCUUCCGCCCGUCAGCUGGGGCUAUAGACACCUGACACGGAAGCCGCUGUACCUGCACCACGGCCGCCUGUUUCAUAUACCGGAGUCAGAGUGCGAGCACGGUGCGUUCACAAUUGCGCAGGACGCGUUUGACCCGACACGGACGGCUAUGCACCCGAAAGGAGGGCAUAACUACUAUAUUGGCAAGGACGCGGAGAAGAUCGUUGGCUUUGUCGUAGAUCGCGUCAAAAACCGCGGCUUUGUCAUGCAAUUAUUCACUGCAUCAUCAUGCCUUACACUCUUGUGCUAUUUCUGGCUUUCUUUACCCCCACGCUUUACUGGGACUCCCAUGCCUGCCAUAGUAUCCUUCGCCGCCGGCCACGGGUUCUCGCCAUUGCUUCUUGUGGUCAUUGUCCCUCGGUUGGUUCCUGCCAAGUAUGUCUCGACGACGCUCGGGGCCCACAAGGCACUUGAGCAAGUGGGCUCGACGGCCUUCCAGACGUUGGCGGGAGUGGCUCUUGACAUCUCCAAGAAGAAGCCCACAGAACUGAACGGCGCACAAACUGGCGACAAGAGAGAUAUUCAGUACCUACUGAAUGCGUUCCUCUUCCUGAAUGUGCUCCAACUUGCCGGUGUAAUUGGGCUCGGGCGCAUGCAACGCAAACAGCGAGAAGCUGCAUCACAGCGCGCGAGCGCACUGCUUGCAGACCUGCAGAGCGAGUCGAUAGAGGAAGAGGAACAGCGUAUAAGCGAGCCUCCACAGACGAAGGAGGCCAAGGACGGAGAGUCGUGGCAGCCCACUGAUGAGAACGAUCCAGCAGGAGAUUGCAGCCGCGGCCGAUCAUGUUGUCGUGCGACAACAUCGAAUGCCGAAGAGCAGCCACUACUGCGCGAGCCUUCGCGCAUACCAUCCUAUACCGGCGAUACGCGCUAUCUCGUCUCACCACUUGCUCCGAGAAGCCAUUCUCGCUCUAGCUCCUCAGUGCGGCUUCUACGAUCGAAGUCGGUUGUGCGGCGGGGCGAGAUGUUUGCGGCGCUGUCGGCGGUGCUCAUUGCGUUUGCAUGGGUGCUGUUCCUCGUGACGGCGUACUUCAAGCUGCGGUCAAAAGAAGAGCGGGACAGCGCGGGAGUCUCGUCGACGAUCUUUAUCUAACGACCGGUACAUAUGAGAACGACACGAACGGAGGAUAUCAUUCCUUUCACGGUAUUUAUAGAUGUGUAUCAACAGCCAUAUACCGCGCAUUUUAGCUACUUAAUCGCUCUCACUCGCAAUUGGAUCUCAUUCACUCAUCUGUAGUUGGAUUGUAAACAGACAGCAAUGUUGUAGAUUAUCAAAAUAUACCAAUUGAAAUUCUA